ACCUUCAACAACGUCAUUCUUUUCUUUUCGACCUCAUCUUCCGCUCUCGCCGAGCAACCUAACGCGAAUUCUUGACUAUCUCGAUCGUCUCUAAUUUCACCAGUCGCCUAUCAAAUACAUCAAACCCUUAAUUACGAACCUUUGGUGUAUUUGUGGUGCCUUGCCACACGCUUGUCGCCUUCUGCCGUCGAACUUCGCGACGCGCAUCCUUUUUUAAAAGCCUUUCGCGACUUCGUACCUCUUCGCGAAUCCUCAUCUCUCGACCGUACCCUUCGUAAAUCCUACAUCGCCGAAUAAUAUUUCAAUAUGGCUAUUGAAGUGGCUAUGAAUACGCCGCUCGCGGAUGCGCUUAACAUGGCCAUCCAGCCGAAGUUGGUAGAAGUGGGCUGGUCUUCCGGUGGCGCUGAUGAUGGCGCACUAUCUGAAUACAUUAUUCUCAUGCUCGUCAACGGGAAAACACAAGAUCAAAUUGCCGCCGAGCUUGCUGGCGAUCUUCUUAGUCUUGGCCCUGAUGAUCCUGGCGCACGAGACUUUGCGAAAUGGCUUUUCGAUCAGAUCGAAGUUCUCAACUCUCAACUAAACGGUGCUCCGGCACAAUUGGAUAAUACCAAUGGCGAUGCCUCACAAAGUGCUGCACCCCCUGUGGAGCAAGAUACGGAUAUGUCUAUGACGGUCGAUGGUCCCGAGUUGAACGCUCCUACUGGCCCUAGAUCUAUGAGGAGCUUCGCUCCGCGAGGUAAUCGAGAGAAGCGAAUGCUUGGUCAAAUGACUAAAGCUAUGGAUCGAACUCACGACAACGUCCUACAUCGCGUUCGAGCCAAUGGCAACGAACGUAUCAACGCCCACCGGGCACCACCUACUGGACCGAGGGGCGGCUUUGGGCGCGGCAAUAAUCGUAUGGCGAAUAACCGUGCUGCUGGGGUUGCCGCACACAUGAACCAUAUUGCUGGCAGCUUACCAAAUAUGCAAGGCCCUCCUCAGGGAAUGAAUAACAUGGAUCCAAAUUGGAUGAUGCAAGGCGGAUCAACUCAAGAGCAAAUAUUCAGCCUCAUACAAUACCAGAAUCAAAUGAUGCAACAAAUGCACCAGCAACUUACCCAACAAGGUAACCAACCCAUGGGUGGCCGGCCCAACGGACGAUCACUGUUCGACCGCGUACAAAAUCCGCGAGGUGGUAGGAGAGGAGGUCAUUUAAAUGGCCAUCGAUUGCAUCAACCUGACUUGGGUAAUGAUAUUGGCAACGACCAGGAGGAUGUUGAUAUGACGCAGGGCAGACGCGAACCACUCAACCCCGAAAUGACAAUUUGCAAGUAUAACUUGGCUUGUACCAACAAGGAUUGCAAGUUUGCCCACCAAUCCCCAGCAGCACCACGUAAUACGACUAUCGAUGUGAACGAUGUAUGUUCAUUCGGUGCCGCGUGUAAAAACCACAAAUGUGUUGGACGUCACCCGUCUCCCGCGACCAAGCGCGCGCACCAAAACGAGCAGGAAUGCAAAUUCUACCCGAACUGUACCAACCCGAAUUGUCCCUUCAAACAUCCGGACAUGCCCCUGUGCCGAAAUGGAGGAGACUGUGCCGUGGAGGGAUGCAAGUUCACCCACCUCCAGACAAUGUGCAAGUACAAGCCUUGCACCAAUAGGUAUUGCGCUUAUAAGCAUGAGGAGGGCCAACGUGGGACAUUCCAAGAUAAGGUCUGGACAGCGGAAGGGGGUACUGAGCAUGUUAGCGAGAGGAAAUUUGUGGACAACACGGCUGGCGAGGAGCUCCUGGUGCCAGGUGGAGAGAAUGGUGCGGCACAAGAGCCGGCAGCGAUGGAUGAGGGCAUCGCUUAAGGGCAAAGGCUUGCAAGAAAGGUUGGUGGUAAUGGAAGGAGUUUAUGGCUCGUACGAAUGCGUACUGAGGAUACAAGGGGGAAAAA